AUGCUUGUCUUCCUCGCCAUGCUCGCAUCUUCAAGCCUGCUUCCGGCUUCUUCUGCUUCGCAUGCGGGUCUCAGCCAAGACCAGCGUGGCCUUGAUCAGGAAAACAGCUUCAAGAGCCUUCGGCUUGCCCUGCCAGGCUUGCUUGAGCCCCUCAGUGUCGAGGAGUUCACGCGAGACUACUACCACAACCAGCACGUCGUCUCCGCAGCGACAAAUUCGAGCGUCCCGCUGCUGGUCAAACCAGGCUUGACCCAUGCAGCUCUGGCUGAAGCUCUCUUGCAACCCAUUUUAAAUCGCAGCGAGGAUGCCUUGCUUCGGCUGUUUAACGAAGGCGUCUUUGUUCUUCGCAACGCGAACAGCACCAUUGUGUCCUCUGAAGACUUGACAACCGCUAGCCUGCGCCAGCACCUUUUAUAUGACGGCUACAGUCUAGUCUACUUCUACGAGCGCCAUCGCGAGGAAGACCUCUACGAGCGGAAAGAGACGAUAGCCGAUGUCAUUGCCUCUCUCGCUCUUCUCGAGCCCACCUUUCAUUACUAUCUAAGCGGUCCCAAUGCCAAAGCCCUCCCGCCCCAUACUGAUCGCAACGACAUUUUUUCCUUUCAGCUCGCGGGCACCAAACACUGGACCAUUUGCACCAACCCACCACCGGACACCUCCUGGACCCCAGCCGAAUGGGCUCAACAGGAAGAGAACGAGGCUUCGAGAACUGAAGGGUGUCGCAACCCCAGUCCUAUCGAAGUCACCAAGAUGCAGUGUGAACACCACGUCGUGCACCCUGGCGAUUGGAUCUAUCUGCCAAAAGGCACAGUACAUUUUGCUCAAACAAAUGACGAAAUGUCGCUGCACGCUACCGUGGGAUUUAGGCCUAGUUUCUCAUGGCUCAACCGCUUGACAGCCCUAUGCGAACAAGCGGAUACCUUGCCGAUCACUUGCUCCGAGCUUAGCACUACACUCACUAACCUUCAGACCCAACGGCCGUACCUUUGGCUCGCCACGCUGGCCGUCCCUUUAUACUCUCGUCAGAGUGCGCGGGCUACGACCUUUUCAGAGACCCUCAUGGCUUUGCAACUUACAACGGCGACGCGCAUCUCGGCAUUGCAAAAGGCGGUCAUCUCACCAAGUGACAUCCCCCGCAGUUCAGCAUACAAGAGUCAAGAAGAUUGGCGCCUCGCCUUGACACAGCUUCGCGCCUCGCUGGACGACACUCUUCUUCCGGUCCUGGAGCCUAAGGAAAAACCUGCCAAGACUGUUCAGCUGCAAGCUGUGCUUGGGACAGGAGUUGCGACGAAAUGUGUUUGUGAUAGCACGUGCUCUGCCCACCCGGGCUAUUACAACCCCUCCGGGUCGGACUGCGCAUCCUGUCCACUGGGUAAAUAUGCUUCAAGUACUGCCUAUCGCACGGAUUGUUAUACGUGCAACACAGGCAGAUACUCGGACAUUGAAGGAGCAACCUCUUGCAAGUAUUGCUCAGCCGGCAAAUACACAAAUAAUUAUGGAUCUAGUUAUUGUUCGAACGCCCCAGCAGGAACUUUUGUCAGCGGUACUGGCGCUUCUAGUUAUCAAUCGUGCCCGGCUGGCACUUACUCGAACGAGGGAGCGACCUCUUGCUCAAACUGCUUGUAUAAUAGCUAUAAUGACCAAAGCGGACGGCCCAAUUGCUAUUGCGUAACAACGGGUGGACGCACCCGUGCCUUACCUGCUGGACCUCGUAAGUACAGCUCCCCGCAUGCCACCUGCAACAUAUCGGCUCGGCUCACUACUGCCGGUGUCACGCGCACUAGCUAUGGCGACCCCGAAAACGGCUGGUGUCAUUUCGCUGGGCAGACAUGCAAUUGCGUGGCUUCACAUCGCAAUCAAGGGUCGUUGAAAGUGUACUUUGACAAUAACAAUGGCCACUGUAACCGCAUUACUACGGAUCCAUCAAUCUACGGCAUCACGUUGACAAUGUUUGGAAAGUCUGCCUACAGUGUCUCUACCCAGCCCUGUCUGGCGCAUUCUUGCCCAAAUACAGAUGUGCAACGGAGUCACACACCAGAUCAGUUUCUCACACCCGCCCUCAGCAAUCUUGACAAGACCAUGGCGCUUGACGUGUCAUACAGCUACCGUAUCUCCAACGACGCGUACAUCUUGCGACACACCGUGGAAGAUGCAAAUCAGAAUGCAGAAGAUCAGGAUCAAGGCCGGGGCGGCCUCAUCUGGCCCUCAACGCGUCUUCGCUUUUCAAGCACGGAGACAGCAGGUUUUGACCUCAGUUUGAGCGGGUCAACUUGCAACAAGGGCGAGAGCAGCCCGAAUUCGGCAAUGUCAUGCAGUGCCUCGCAGUCCAUUGUCGUCAAGCAUGGCCUCAAGUAUCGCUUCUCGUUCUUUGCGUCCAAUCAAGGGUACUGGAACUACGUUCGACCGUCCGAUAUCCGCAACAAGCUUGAAAACAUGCGUGAUAGUGAGCGAGACACUUACACUGUGCGAAGAAAUAACCUCUCUGGCAAGACCCGUCACAUGACCUAUACGGCCGAGCUGGACUAUGUUGCUCCGUGGCAUUGUAGCGUCGAACCUUCGCUCGCCCAAAGAAGUGGAGCAACGCCGCUCAAUGCCGAGAAGAAUGCACGGAACGAUGGUGGUUGCUCCGGUCGCUCCAGCGCAACGCAAGCGCUGCUUUUUUCAGCCAACAAGCGCUUUGUCAGCUCCGUCUCGAGUCUUUGCUCUUGGACAAGCACUGGAUGGCGUGCGGUGGGUCACCAGAUUUCGACGAUGACGCUCACAGCCUUCUCGGCCACCAAAGUGGGCAACGCCAUGAGUGCCCGCAGAAGCGCCAGCCAAGCUUCUACCAGCCUUAACAUCUAUGCACACGCGGCAAAUGACAAAAGUUUUGGCCUCAGCACCAGCGCCAUGAAUACCCUACUUGGUGGCUCGGACAUUAUGCCCGUCAUUACCGAGUUGACCGUUGCCGAUGCCGGCUCUGUUAACAUCAUGUUGGCCCGACGUGUCCCCGUAUACUUCAACCCCAAUGUGCCCAUGGUCGAGCUCGAUUGCACCGUCAACUGUGUUACCAUGGUGGAUACAGCCGGAACCGAUGUUAGUACAGAGCAAAAUGAUCAUCAUCACUACACGAGUCAAACUGGCUCGAGCUUGCGCGCCUAUAUUGACCGCACCAUCUUCAGCAGUCCCAAAGUGGCCGGUCUGGAGAUGCAGCUGGAAGAGCAGCCAGCAUUCGUUGAUACGCCUUCCUGGAGCGGUAGCGCAUACGAUCUCGAUCGCGAUGCCCUCGUCUUUGAAACCUGGCAAGGAAUCGACCGCUUCAAGGGCCAAAUUACGCGUUUGCGCAAGUGGGACGGUACUGGAUCGCAGGUGGCAGGCGGCUGGCAAGAUCUGGCGCAUAGCCCAGAUCAUACCUUUUCCAUGAGUCUGGUGUCGGGCUAUGAGUACAUGGUGGCUUUUGAGGCCUGGACACCGAUUGCUGUCGAGCACAACAUGGUGACAGGGACGGCGAAGCGUGCCAAUCAAGUGGGCAUGACAAACAAGAGGUUUCGCGUGGAUCACUCUCCUCCCGUCGGUGACACGCCCGAUGUGGUGUUGGACUUUGGCGGAACCAUCACGGUGCUGGAGGAAUUUUUGGCUGCCGAUGCAGAAGUUAGUGGCGCUCUCAAGGACCUGCCCGCCGUCCAGGCGCGUGGGACCAUGCCCUUGUUCUUCAUCAUUGACCACGACCUGCGUCAUGUCGAGCUUACCUUUAGCUUGCUGGACGAAGAGAGUGGCCUUCGGACCGUUGACGUGCGCACAUAUCAACUUGACCUGCACUCCACUGCUGCACAACUGGUGCACGAGCGUGCCGCUGGCAUCACUCGCUUUGUACGCAACGCCGAUACGUCUGCGUCCUGCGACACGAGUAGCGCAUUUUUGUGGUAUGCGUCCACGCGAGAUCGCGACGUCACUCGGGCAGCCCACGAAAGCUCAGGCUGCCGAUGCACAGCGUACGAUCCCGCGGGCAACUUUGACCACUGCUACCGUCAGCACAUGUACCUCGAUGGCAACAACCAUUACUCACGCGACUACACGCCCGUGCCAGCUGCUCAGCUUUACUUGGUCCAGGUGGUGGGUGAGAAUCAUGCGGGCAUCACAACCACGCUCGAAGCGAUGCUUCGCGUCGACGCAACCCCACCCGAUGUAACGCACGCACACGUGCAAGAUAGUGCUUCCCUUGGGCAGCUCGACAUUGAUUUCAUGCAAGUGGGCACGGGCAACCAGGUGACCCUUCACGCAAGCUUUACCGGUUUCGUGGACGCAGAGAGUGAAGUGCGAGACUACUUUAUUGCUUUCACCGACAAGUGCCUUACUCUUGAGGACUAUUGUGGCAAGAAUAACAUUGAUCCAGCUCAUGGAAACGCCUGUUACUUGUCACCUGUGGACGAGGCGCAGUGGCUCGCCGCGGCGCCUGUUCGUGCGCUCUUCCAGGCCAACGUGCACAGUCAGACAGUCAUGGUGGAUAGCAACACGAAGCGCAUCUACGCAAAUGUUAUGGCCCAGAACAACGCCCUGUUGUACUCGGCCAUCCAAUGCUCGGACGGCGUGGGCUUUGACCGUACCCCUCCGACCGCCUCCAAUCUGGCCGUCACGGGCGCGGCCAUUCGCCCAGGCAUCGUGACCUCUCAUGACGGCUCUGCUCAGUAUUACAUCUCCAAGUGGGGUGUGCUACAGCCUUUGCCGCAAGCAUGUGAUGGCAACUUUCCAGCGCUUUCUCGGAACUUUGCUACGGUCAUGGCUGGGAGUGACGUUUUUUUCAAAGGCACUGACGGUCGCCUUGAUGUACCUCGGGGCUUUGCCACUGGCCGCAACGCCACCGCCUUGCCUGCUGAAGCUCUGGCCUGCGCGCAGCUGACACCCGCAGUCUUGGUUUACAACGGCUCUUUGGAACAUUUGGUGGCCUCGUGGAACGCAGAAGAUGCCGACAGUGGUAUCUGGCGCAGCACCAUCUCUGUCUUGAGCGCGGACGGUAGCACCGAGGCCAGCGUCGCAACGCGCAACAACUACUUGGAAACCUCUGCGCUAGCCUUGGAGGGCCUGGACGAGGUCACGUUCAAAGUUGAGGUUACCAAUCAGGUGGGCUUGAGCACGGUGAUCGACGUGGGACCAUUUAUUACGGACCACACCAAGCCCGUGCACAAUGCCAACCCACUGACCACGGUGACAAACGAUAAUGAUAUUGUCAUUACAAACUUUAAUCAACUCUUCCUGGAUGCUGAAACAAAGCUGUGCCGUUUUGAUAUUGCCAUUGCCUUCAACGCGGUCGGCAUGCGCAAUCAAGCCUCGGUGUCAGUGGAGCUUGUAUACGCUCCACCUUCGCUGUCCGUAAUCUGGGACGUACUAGAGGUGGCCGACAAGGCCGACAUCGACUACAUCCCGGAGACAGUACAUUUGGGUGCCUCGUGGCCGAGCGUGGCGGGUGCCAGUCUGCUGCAGGUGUCGCUAAUUGCCUCGCCGGCAGGUGGGCAUGGUUCUGACCCCACGGUGGUUGGGCAGGGCACACAGACGGUGGUUGACUGGGUCGUGCUGCCUGGGUCAAGCACGGGGUACGUCUUCUCUUCCUUCUCACUUGUCGCCGGUCGUCACUAUCGCACGGUUUUGCGUGCAUCCAAUACGGCGGGAUCGAAGGAAAUUACGACCAACGGCGCCUACGUGACUCCAGUCAAUACCAAGCCGAGUAUUGAUUUCCAUCUGGGCCGUACCUGCAACCAAACGACUGCCAGUUUCAAAUGCGUGGCUAAAGAGUGUGCCACCGCCUUUGCCCUUGUAUCAGACUCCACGUCCUUGGGUGAUCAGCUGUUUACCUUUCAGCACACUGUUCCCGUUGAACCAAGUCGAUACUACACCUUGAGCGUCACGGCGACUAGCCAAUUGUCAGCCAACGACCAGCUGCAAGUGUCUGUGUAUGCAGCUCGCGCGGGUGCUCUGCCCGACGCCUUGCUGGGUGCUGCCGGCGUGAGUACUACAACCAGUGCUGAGAUGGAAUUUCAGGCCCUGAGCACCCAUCUGCUCAUUUCCAUUCAAAGCACGUCCGCACACAUUCUGGAGCUUCUAGCUCCUGUACAGCUCAAAGCCUGCCGUGCCUUGGGUCACACUGGGGCUAGUGCGCAUGACGUUUGGAGCGCACCCACGGUGACACCGGCCAGCAUAGGCACCUUGGUUGACGAGGUGCGCUGGAUGCCUGUGCUGACGAGUGGGCUUGGUGGAAACGAUGCCCCUGAUCAGGCUCUUGUUGAGCAAGCGGGACUGACCGAAUGGCAGCAUGGUACCCAUGUGGCCGUGGCUGAAUCAAUGGCAGGAAACGAGAUUCGCGUGGCUGCCCAAGCCUGCUUCCCCGAACCCGGAGGCUGCAUGCAGCCGGUUUUAAGUGAGGCGUUGGUCUUGCCUGCUGAGGCCGAAGCUGUCGUGGCGGCAGCCGCAUGCAACGUUGCGACUACGGAUGAUCGUGCAGACGAUUAUCUUUUCUCGCUUGUGUGGGAGCGCUUUGACACAGUAGACGCCAAUUCCAAGGCCGUCAGCGUCUACGAAACGAGCCUUGUCGAUGACCAAGGGCACUUGGCUGUGGCGGGGACAUGGACUUGGCCGACAAGUCAGACACUGCGUCCCCGUCUGGAGCUGAAUGAUACACACAUGAAGACCACCGUUCCUCUCAAAGCCGUCAACUUUAUGCACCUUCUGCACGAGGCCACCAGUCUGCAAGCUGCCAUUCGCCUCUGGACACCCGAUGGCCUUGCCAAAGAAACCAUGGUCACCUGCAGCGUGCCUGAAGACCCUCUCACGCCAGUCGUUGCGGUUGCUUGGGCCGAUGUCUCUCAAAACCCCGCGCUGCAAGAAUUGCCCACCAAACGUCAUCAUACGACCACCGAUCUUGAUCACUUUGCGGCGUUCUGGCCUCGACGCUGGCGAGCAUUUGAACGCCUGGGCUUGGAGAACAUUGUGUAUGGCUGGGACCUAUCCAGCGUAUCUAACGAUGCCGGUACUACCACGAUGCUCAGCCGAGGCAAUACGACGGCCCAAUACGCUUUGGUUCAAGGCUUGCGCUUGAGCGACGGCAUGGUUAUCCGCUUCUGCGUGUCCAUCCUCGAGGCGACACCCCAAUCCCCGGCAUGGCGGUAUUGCGCGCAUGACGUCAAAGUGGAUUUAUCACCGCCACACAUCAGCAGCCUGCAGGUGUCUCAUCCCCACGCCAGCCGUGAGGUGGGCCACGGCACGGAGGCGCUGCAACUUCAUUGGCACGUCAACACCUCCGAUGUUGCCGACCUCAACAUUUUGGUUGGCUAUCAAGCGGGCCGUGGCGACAUUGCUGCGGUAUACGACGUAAAGCCAGCAAGCUCCGCUCUUCUCUUGCAAGGCCUGAAUCUUCGUAGUGGCCUGCCCAUUUACGCCACAUUACAGGCCAUUGACUUUGCAGGCAACACGGCUUCCCUAACCGGCUCUCCAAUUCUUGUGGACACAACGCCGCCUUAUUUCGUGGGGAACCUGGAAGGCGAGAUGGAUCCUAUGGGUGACGGGGUAGGUGAGCUUGGCUACCUGCUUCGCGUCGACUUUGAUCUGUUUGAAGACGACGAGAGCUCGGUGGUGAAGCACACCUUGGCCCUGGGCAGCAGUGCCGGUGCAUCAAAUAUCCGAGAUGCAAGCACAGCCACAGCCAGUCCCUGGGACUUGCGAGUGCCUCUGCAUCACCAUGGCGCCGAUAUCUUUGCCACCCUGUGCGCAACCAACGAAGCUGGUCUCUCCGCAUGCGUGUCAGAGCUCUUGGUGACGCUGGACGCCACGCCACCGACAGUGGACAGAUCGAAACUGUCAGCAACGGUCAGUUGCGUGGAAGGUCGUCACCACCGGUUGCGUCUCGGCUUGGACUGGACCGGGGCUUUUGAGGAACCAGACUCUGCCAUUCUGGAAUACCAAGUGUUGGUAGGUGACAGGCUGGGAGAUGGCAGCAUUUUUCAUGACAUGUUAACGCGCAAAGCCAUCAGCGUCGAGGUUGCCCACGGUCUGGUGGAUGGUGAGCACCUGCGCGUGACCGUGUACGCUACCAACACCGACCAGCAGCGGAGCCAGCCGCUAACCUCUUCACUGCUCGUGGAUUGCUCGGCACCUUUGCCGGGUGCGGUCGAGGCCUACAACGCUGAGGGCCUACCUUACCAUUCAAGCCGCAGCAGCUUCCGCGCCAGUCUAGCGGGCUUUAUUGACCCUCAUAGUGGAAUUGCACAGGUGCAGUAUUGUCUGUCAACAACGGUCGAUGCGUGCAACGCUUUGGACUGGACAACGGCAGUCCACCACACCGAAAUUCACCACCGGUUUGGAAGCCACGUUCUGCAAUCUGGGACCCGCUACUUUGUCCGCGUGCGUGUGACCAAUGGGAUGGGCCAAACAACCGAGGGGGUCAGCGCCAGUUUUGGUGUUGACACGACGGCACCCACCGUCAGCGGCUUUGCUUGGCAGCACCCGAUCACGCGGACCUCCGUGUCGGCACAGUACUUGCGCUCUGUGCUGCUAGCCGAUUGGACCUCGACAGACGUGGGUGGCGCCGGCGUGCGCUACCACGAAGUGGAGGUGGCGGUUCAUCACGACGAGGAAGGCGGUGAGCUUGCUGUUGUGAGCGAGCUGGAGUACGAUGCCAGUCUAAGUGUGCUCAACCUCACGCUGCAGCAUGGUGAGGUAUACUUUCCGCGCAUCUCAAGCUGUGACGGCGCAGGCAACUGUCAGACCCAGGACUUGGUUUCCUUGGCCGUGGACGCAACUCCACCGCUAGCCAUCAAGCUUCAUCACAACGGUGUUUGGAGCGCCAUUGCCGGCGGCAAGUGGCGAUACACAGUGAAGGUGUCCGCUCCCAUCGACGAGGAGGGCACGGACAUUACGCGCUUCUACGUCAAAGUGGGCGACCAGGCGCCGGAGACUUUUACAAGCUAUAGCUCAAGCGGCUGUCCCAAUGGACUGGAUGACGUGGUAUAUGACUCGAGCGUUGAUGCAGGCGCAUUUUCUCUUGUCGUUGAAGACGGCCUGGUUCUUGGCGAAGAUUGGGAUGAACAACCUUACACAUUCACCCUGGGUGCUCACUGGACAGCAACUUCAACGCCGUUGCGCUACGAGGUUGCCUUCGCUUGUGGCGGCCAUGUCGAAACGUGGCUGGAUGCUGGUCACUUUACAGAGUACGUGCACACGUUGGAGCCGGAUGCCGAAGCAUUUUCAAAUGGAAUCGAGUGUUUUGCCUACGUACGUGCAUGGCGCACCUACAACCAGUUUGUGGUGGCGCGCAGCGAUGGCGUCACCAUCCGCCACGAGUGGCUGCGGGUCAAUCAGCAAGCCGCACUGCUGGAUGGCUACAAGCUACCCGUGCCCGGCUUUGGUACCGAUGACAAGUUGUUCCCCAAGCCCUUUCAUGACAUCGACGACCAGCAAAGCACCAGCGAAUUGGCCACGACGUUUGCGUGGUCAGAGCAAGGCUCUUCCGUCGUGGUGACUGGCUCAGUCGUGGCAUUGAGCGAUCUUGACAACGUUGCUACCUAUGAGGUUGGGUUUGGUACAACACCGGGAGAGCAGGAUGUGUUGGCUUGGACUCUGGCUUCUGCUUCGACGGGCGCCCUGCGCAGCACGGGGCUGAGCCUGGCUCAUGGACAGCGGUACUAUAGUGCGGUGCGCGUUGAAACCAAGUUUCGUCACACGCUCGAGGUCGUGAGUGAUGGCGUGAUGGUGGACGACACUCCGCCAUUGGUCGGAGUGGUGUACUUUGGUCCGCGUGGAGGGUAUCUUCCGGCGACAAGUGUGAAGGAGAAUGUGAGCAUUCGCUUCGAGGGCUUUGUGGACCCUGAAAGUGCUCUGGCCGAGUAUGUUGUGGCCUUGGCUCGCGUGAACAACGGUGUCGUAGAUGAAGCAAGCGCCGUUUUUUCAUCGACAGGUCUCUAUCCCAAUGCGACGCUCUCCCUGGCCGACGCUGUGCCGGGCGCCUCCUACGUUGCCUUGGUCAAGGCAAUCAACAGCGCCGGCCUGACAUCAGCAGCAGCUGUCUCCGAACCCCUCAUGCUGGACGAGGAAGGUCCCCAGUUUUUGCGCGUGCUGCGUGUGCCUCUGAGCGACAGUCAAACCGGUGCCUUGGACAGCCAAUUGACGGCGACUGGCACGACUACGCAAGGCAAUGCCGUUCACGAGUUUUCCGUUGACUCGCCCGACAUUCUUGGAACCUCACUGAGUGGCACGCGCAUGACUCUGACGCCCGGUGCCCCGGUGGAGCUGACCAUGACCCUAACGUUGGGGCAACAGGCAUGGCCAACACGCGUUGCCAUCAGCUUUGACAUUGUCUGCGCAGGGGGCGCGCCACGCACGCUUCUGCGCAUUUUCGGCUCUGUUUCCAACGCAGUCAAUGGUGAUGUGCAUCAUGUUGCAUCCUGUGAAGGCUUUCGGCAGCAAAUAGAACGCUGGGUUGAAGUUGAAGCUGUGGGCCAGGACAUUAUUGUAGAGCUUGAGGUCACGUUGCUCCACGCAGACAUGGAUGCCACGCUCUUGGUCGGCAGCACGCGUGUCCAUGAGGUGGCGGAGCUCAACUCUGAUGCACGCACACUACCCAGCGUCACUGUGCAAGGCCGAACAUUUGCCGUUUUGCACGGCAGCGGUGCCGAUUCUGCGGGAACAACGUGUCAGUCUGCGCCAAUGACCGUGCCCACAGGCUGGCGCGUGGCCACAGGUUAUGAUCCAACCGUUCGCGACGCUGCACGCCAAUACAAUUGGGGCACAGCAUAUCUUGCGACGAGUUCCGGUGUGGCGUACGCCACGGCACAGGCAUCUGACCCUGCUCCCGUAGCGAGCAACGUCCACGUCACAAAUGGUGGUGCACAUGUCGUGGCUGCCGACUGCGCAAGUCAUGGCAUGGGUAUUUUACUGGAGGCUGGCUCGGGUGCAGUCCAGGUGGAUCAGCCCUACCACCGAGGUGCUGACGAACUGCAGGCGCACUGGGUUAUAGCUGAUGCCGCCAGUGGCAUCCGACGUGUGUUGGCAGGUGCUGGCAGCCAGCCUGAGGUACCCGUGUACCUCCCACUGCGACCAGCCGAUAGCAUUGACUCGUUGAACUUGCACAUAAACGAGCGUGCACCUGAGCACGGUCACCAGGUUGCCGUAAUCGUAGAGGCUCAGGAUUGGGCUGGACUGCGGGUUCGCGCCACCAAUGACAAGGUGGUAGCCAUUGUUGACGAGUCAGACCCAGAGGUGACAGCAGUGCAAAUUGCGCCCACCACAGAAAGUGGCAUUGUGGCUGGAGCCUCUCACGUCAACGUUACCUACCAUGCGACAGACCCGCAAUCAGGUAUCCUCCGUUGCCACGUCUCGGUGCUGGCUCCCGACAACAACAACCAGUUGCACGGUGAAACAGUCGUGCACUUUGAGCAAUCGAGUGUAUUGGUGCCCAUGACGACGCCGCUCGAGGCCGAUGACGUGGUUCAUGCACGUGUUGCUUGUGUUAACGGGGCUGGUUUGAUGGAGAAAGUGACUUCGGCAUCUGUUUUUGUUACAUCAUCGGAUAUGGCGUUAAUUACAGCGGAGCCAUACGCUCUUGCUCCUGCAGCGGCUACAAAGUUGUUCUCUGGCACCUGGGUGGUCCAGGGCGAGGAAGCCUUGUUACUACACUUGACAGGACCAAACGAGCGCCUGCUAGCUGCUAUGGAUCGCGAUACUGAAACGGACAUUGGUCUUGAGACGCUUGUCCAACGUGUUGACGGCCACCUUGCCAGCUGUCAGGCCGGGCCUUUGACAGCAUGUCCCUACUCUGAUGGUCGUACUCGUCUGCCCGCUUGUCCAUCCGGCAGCGUUGCCCGUGAAACCUCAAUCUGCUGGUACCAGCAUGGCCGUGCCACCAGCUUCCGAAUCAGCAAUAAUGAUGCUGUCAACUCGAACCAGCUUCUGCCCGGGGUGGUAUAUCAGGUCACAACGCGGGUCCGCGUGGAAAGUCAGGUUCAAGAGUUGGCCACCGCCGAGGUCGUUCUUGAUCGCACACCACCCAUCAUUGCGGCCGUACCCCAACUUGUGAGUGCAGGAUACCCAGAGGUGACGGUCAAUCUGCAUGGUGUUUGCCAAGAAGACGUACUGCCCAAUGAGCUGGGACACUUUGUCAUCUUUGGUGAUGGCGCGCGUGCUGGAUCCCUGGACUUGACGGACUGGGCUUUGGUGGAAUCGGCGGACCUCUCUAGCUCGACCCACGUCAUUGAUCUCAACCACAAGGCGGCGUCCAGCAAAGCACGGAAAGGUUACCAAUUUAUGUCCACAGAGUGGCACAUACUGACAAAGCUGGCAGGCGUGGAGGUUGAUAUUCAAAAAAGUGAAACCUCAAAGGGACAGACCUGCGUGCAGCAAGUGGUCCAAAAGCACGUGGUCAUCCAAUCGUCUCGGGUCAGCAGCACACAGGUGCAAGCGACCGUGGGCACGCAAACAGAUCCCGAGGUUGAAGCCUGCCUUGAUGCCAACGAUGACAUUGACGACGUCAUCGCCGAGCUGUAG